GCACUUUAACGGGACGACUUUGGCAUUGUACUGCGGCACACGGCCUAUGUACGUUUUUCAUUGUUUCACACGCGAUAACCACCAUGGACCAUUAGCAUAUGAUUCUUUCGUAGUACUAUUCAAGUACCACCUGUAUCGACUCGGAGCCCCAGCUUCGAGCUAACACCUAUCCCACCCCGCCGAACUGCUACCGUUUGGCCACCGUCCAGCUUUAUUUGCAUCCUCACCUACUUAUGUCUCGCCGAAAAGGGACCGUAAAACCAGGAAACGCUGGGAACUCUUCUAAACAGUCAGGGUCAAAGAAUCCUCUGAGUUUGCUACAUGAAAGGUGCCAAAAGAAUGGAUGGAAGAAGCCUAUUGUCGAAACGCGUCAAAUAGGUGCCGACUGGACAUUCACGGUCAUCUUGAGUCGAAAAGACAAGAAGCACUCCGACAAAGAGUCUGUUCGCCUAACCCCAGAUCCCCCAUAUGUGAUGCCAAGCGCCCCUGAAGCCCAAGAUUGGGGUGCCACAUACGCCUUGUACCGUUUUUGUAGUAACGAUAUUCAGCUCAAAAAGGUAUUGCCAGAAGGACCACGGUCAUAUUGGAUCCAACUUGCGGCAGAGCAUAAACACUCGCCAAAACAUCUCAAAUGGAUGUAUGACGCUAAUCCAUUUGCCGGUCGUAAAAUGGCGGAGCAACUCGAACAACAAGCCAAAGCAGCAGAGAAACGUACUGAACCUGAGGCCAAAUCAGACCCGCACCGGGAGGCUUCUCUUGAUUUCCAAAACUGGCCUGAAGUCAAGAUGUCGAAUGAGCUACGCAACCAGGUUGAGGAUGCUGUCAAGCAGGGUUGGGCCUCACUUCCUGAAGGUGCCCAAGCCGCAGUGCCCAAGGACAUACCGGAGGAGGAGAUACAGGCGGUAACUCAGAAGCUGCAACUUCUGGGAUUCACGCCCAUCCAAGCUCGGGAAGCGGUUGAUUUUGUCUCUGAACCUUCUGCCAUUUCAGCGACUCUCCUGGCUUCUCAAGGUGUCCUAGAAGCAUCCAUCGAAUACCUUGUUCUCCAUGUACCAGAAUGUGAUCUUCCCGAACGUUUUCUACCAGAGGUCGAUUCCUCCAACUCUUUUAUUACUUCAGUACAUGUUGGAACUGACGAUCUAAACCCACGGUGGGUCAUAGAGAAGGCGACCAAAGAGGCUGGUUGGCCUGUUCACAUUGUUCGGGAAUGUCUCUCUGAUCCGAACUUGACAAAUUCCUGGGAUCUUCUUGUCGCCACUUUGUGCCAGAGGCUUAUUGGCGAAGAUGUUACUAGUUCAUUCGACAAGAGCAAGACAUUAUCACCAUACGAGAUCAAUCUGGAAGAUGUAGAGGGUCUCGGUGGCCAUGUCGACGAGCACCAGCUCAUCCUACCUCUCCGUACUGCACCGAUUCAGUUGCACGUUCUAUACUCCGCGAAAUUUUUUCCUCGACAAGAUUACAUGCCAAUGUACCUGACAUCCUCUAAAGUCCCUGCGUAUGUUCGCCUUCAUAUGUUAUCCCAACUCUUACGGUCGGGCGAGCUGUUCGAUGCCGGCGGAAGCUUCUGCGUAACGGCUUUGUCAAUUCUGGAUGAAGAAUGGGCCAAGAUAGAAGCCAACGGGCCACCCAGGAUAUCUACAGUUUUCCGGCAUUUUUCGCCACGCUCAGAAGUCGCCUCGAAUCUGAAACUAGAGGAGGGGCCCUUCGCACAGGGUACCGGUCGGAGAAGAGGCGAUCUUUAUUCUCAAGACUGGAGGACCUCCCGGCAAAUCAAAGAAGAAUAUGGAAGUCUGCGGAGGGCGAAGAAAGCACAGUAUGAAUACAUCAUGGCUGUUCGACGAAAGUUGCCGGCUUUUGCCUCUAAAGACGAGUUCCUCAAAAAGCUGGCAGAUAACCGUGUCGUUGUUGUAGUGGGAGAAACAGGCUGUGGAAAGACGACGCAACUGCCGCAAUUCAUUUUGGAUUCCCUCAUCGACUCCAACCAGGGAAAGACGGCAUCUAUUGUCGUUACCCAACCCAGGCGUAUAUCUGCAAUCGGCGUAGCAUCUCGUGUAUCUAAUGAGCGGCUUGACGACGGUUCGGUAGGAUAUGCUAUCCGUGGUGAAAGUACUAGAAGGCGGGAGACCAAACUCUUGUUCUGUACCACUGGUGUGAUUCUUCGACGCCUCAGCUCCGGCGACAAGCUGAAAGACGUUUCGCAUAUCAUUGUGGACGAGGUACACGAACGAUCAGUUGAUGGCGACUUCUUACUUCUGGAAUUGAAGGAGCUCUUGACGGAAAAUCAAACUCUUAAGGUCGUUCUCAUGUCUGCUACUAUCGACCACGAGACUUUUACCACGUACUUUGGUGGUGCACCUUUAUUAACCAUCCCCGGGUUUACGCACCCAGUAACCGAUCUGUACUUGGAGGACGUUAUUUCAUCGAUAGACUAUCGACCACCAGCGGUCAAGCCCGGGAUAAAUGAGAGUCGAAAAGAACAGGAAGCUUUCCGUGCCGAGUAUGCAUCCAGUGGUUUGAGUCACGAAUGCGUUACUGCCCUACAGAAUCUUACGCGGGCCAACGCCAUCGAUUAUAAGAUGGUUGCCGCAGUGGUCAGGCACAUCAUCACCACAUCGCAGACUCGUGGGGGUAUCCUCAUUUUCCUUCCGGGUGUACAAGAGAUUCGACGGUGUGUAGACAUGAUAGAGAGCGUAUUACCUCCGAGUGUUCCCGCCGACAUUAUGCCUCUCCAUGCAAAUCUGUCAAGUGAGGAGCAAUGCCGCGUAUUCAUGAAGACAACCAAGUGGAAAAUUAUAGCUGCCACUAACGUUGCAGAGACAUCUAUCACUAUUGAUGACGUGAUAUACGUUUUAGACUCGGGAAAGGUCAAGCAGACACAGUACGACGGAGAAUCAGAUAUUUCUGGUUUAGUGGAGACAUGGGUUACGUUGGCAGAGGCAAGGCAACGUCGGGGUCGCGCCGGCCGAACCCAGCCAGGUAUAUGCUAUAAGCUGUACACCAGGAAGCAAGAAUCGAAAAUGGGCAAGUUCAUUGUACCAGAGAUUCUACGUGUUCCACUCGAAAAUAUUUCGCUUGCCGUCAAAGUAACAAGGGAGGACGAAGAUGUCAGACAUUUCCUAGCCAAGGCAAUCUCUCCUCCUAACGUCAGUUCAAUGGAUACAGCUUGGGCAACAUUGGAAAAUCUAGGAGCCGUGGACGGACAAGGAAGACUGACAGCGCUAGGGCGGCAUCUUUCGCUACUUCCGGUAGACGUACGAUUAGCCAAAAUGCUUGUCCUAGGCACGAUCUUUCGGUGCCUCGGACCCGUACUCACCAUUGCGGCAUGUUUAUCUUCAAAGCCGCUGUUUGUUAGUCCGCUAGAGAAACGAAAAGAAGCAUCACAGGCUCGCGCGCGUUUUUGCGAAGGCACUAGUGAUCUUCUGACAGAUGCCAAAGCCUAUGAUGAGUAUAUGCGGCUUCAGACUGAAAGAAAAUCAUUUGGUGAAAUCCGUCGAUUUCGUGAAGAGAAUUUCAUCUCAGCGAGCGCCGUUCGUGAGAUAUCCAACCUCCGAAACGACUUGCUUUCUUCCCUGAAAUCUAUCGGUUUUAUCCCUCUGCACUCCAAUUCAUCAUCGCCAUCCAUCAAUACCAACAGCGAAAACACCAAUCUCCUCAAAGCAGUCCUUUUAGGCAGCCUGUGGCCCAGAGUUGCUCGUGUCAACUUACCUCUGUCGGCAAGGAAGGUCCAAGGUGGAACGGUUCAGAGAGAAAACAAAGCCAAGAAGUUCGAGAUCUAUGAUCUCAGGAACAAGAGGGUGUUUCUACACCCUACUAGUGUUCUUUUCGACUUUUCAGCAUGGAGAUCGCAAUAUGUGAUGUCCUUUACAAAGGUCAAGACCAGUAAAAUCUUCCUGAGAGACACGACAGAGGUCCCCUUAUAUGCGAUGCUUUUGUUCGGCGGAACCGUGUCAGUUAAUCAAAUUACAGGAGGAAUAAGCAUCGAUGGAAAGGAAGGCGUGAUAAAGCUCAAAGGAUGGCCACGAAUAGGCAUACUUGUUAACCACUUGCGCCGUCUCCUUGAUGCACAACUACUGAGUAGCAUCGAAGAAAGUACGAUUGUGGCACAAGGUCCUAACAAUCCUGUCGUUGACGCAAUGCUGGCGCUGCUAGCACAUGAUGGUCUAACUGAGUGAUGCUGCGUUGUUUAGAUUGAUACUAAUAUACAUGUUGCUCCAAUAGCGAGUAUGCAGACGACGUUACGUAUAUAUGUGUAGGGGGAUGUAUAGAAUGCAUCGUAUUUUGCCUGAGAUCUG